UAACGGCCCAUAAGUAGCCCAAUAAGUGUUAAGGGCCCAAAUUGUUUCUUAUUGUAUCACAUCUUCUUCGAUCUCCAUUGUAGCUGCGUUUCUUCUUCAUACUCUCCGAUCAACUGAACAGAGAUGUCUUUCAUAAUGGAGUUUGCCGAGAACUUAAUCCUGAGGAUGAUGGAAGAUCCAGCUGAAAGAGAUAGAAAGUUCAGAGAUCAUGUUUAUCACAUGAAGGAACGUUGCGCAAAGACAAAGGAAAUGUGGAGCUAUCCAAUUCGUCCGUAUGGUUUCUGGACGUUUGACCGUCACAAUGCUCAAAUCUUCUGGGAUGCUCAGAUCAGCCAGGUUGAAGGCCGUAGGGAUCCGUAUGAUGAUCUUCUUCAACACCAAGCUGAUUCAUCAUCAUCCAAAUAGAUUUGGUCGUGCAGUUGGAACCGUGGCAUGUUGGGGAUGUGUCAGAUCUUGAUGCAAGCGUUAUUUCAUGUGGUAUUUCGAAUGAACACUUUACUUGAAUAUUUCCAUCUCGUUGUUUACAUUUUUUAGCUGUAUCCAAGACCGCUAUAAUCUCAUGCUAAAACGCGGGUAAAUGUAAUGUGUGUCUUGUACUCUUGUGUUAAAUAAAGAACCCUGUUGAGUGCUUUUGGAAAA